GACGAGGUGCGACAACAACAGUCGCGCGAACACGGAGAAUCGCCCCUUGUUGUUCCCGUGGUCGGUGUUUGUUGCAUUUUUUUUUUGUCGCUCCGUUGUCGCCGAAACGGACGCUGUCGUUGAUUUUUACGACCGGUUCGGAUCGAGUGUCGCGGUGUCUCGUCUCGCCAGUGCCAUAUGUAGCGUCGCAAAGACAGACAACGGUGGUCGAUAUGUGGGUGAAGCCACAGGAGGUGUUGCUCGCCAACGCGUUCUGGAUCACAGAGCAGGCGACUGUAUAUUUUGUUUUACAACGUCGGAAAGGACACGGGAAAGCCAAAGGUCUUACAUCUAUUCUGGUGGGCACGCUUGAUAGCGUCUUUGACACCAAACCGCCACCUUUCAGAAUUCUUCAUCAGACACCCUCGUCGGAAGUUUAUUGGGAAGUGGCGUGUUCGUUGACUCGUGAGGAGAUCUUGCAGGACUGGGAAUGGCUCCACUCGAAUUUGAUGACAACACUAACGUCAUUCGACACCGAGGAGGAAAUAACGGAAUUCGUUUGCUGCAAAGUUCAGUCUAUAAUAGCAAAUAGCAUUCCGGAUUCUCAGUUCGCAGACGAAGAAGAUCCGGAAUCUUUCAAAACUGUGUCUUUUAAGUUUCAUCAGUUGUUCAAUAUACCGAAAGAGGACAAACUGGUCAAUUAUUAUUCAUGCAGUUAUUGGAAAUCUCGAUUACCUAGACAAGGAUGGCUUUAUUUGUCCGUAAACCACAUGUGCUUUUACGCAUACAUAUUAGCAAGAGAAACAAAACUCACCGUAAGAUGGACAGACAUUACCGAAUUGAGCAAAACUAAUUCCCUCAUAGUUCCAGAUAGUAUACGUGUUGUAACGCGUGACAAUAAAGAGCAUUAUUUUUCUAUGUUUUUACACAAAUCAGAAACGUAUUCGUUAAUGGAACAACUAAUCAAUAUUGCUAUGAAAAGGCUUAUUGAUGAAAAAAGUGGAUUCAAUGAGGAUAGAGACUUGUUAAAUAAAUUAAGCAAAAAUGUGCCUAAGAAACCAUCCUUCUUGAAGCGAGAUCUGGAUGCGCGAGCACAUUCAGAAGCGUACAGGCUUCAGUUUCGAUUGCCAGGAAUUGAGAAACUAGACGGUAGCAUUGACGCGACCUUGUGGACUCCGUACAACAAAAGAUAUGUCUGGGGAAAGAUAUAUCUGUCGCAAAAUUAUCUUUGUUUCGAAAGCAGAGUAAGAAGACAAGUGAGUUUGGUUAUACCUCUGAGGGAAGUGACGCUCGUCGAGUCAGCCGAAAAUCAAUCCAGCACAGGAACGGAUAAAUCGAUACUGGUCACAACAUCACGUUCGUCGUUUCUGUUUGCUCAAAUACACGAUCGUGAUUUCGUGGUGCAAAAAAUCUCGGAGCUUCUGGCAAAGUCCAAGCUUAACUACAUAUCUAACGUGUCCCCGAAUUCCACAAGCAGCAACAUUAGCAACUGCGAGGAAGCGAAGCCCACGGAACAGUGGAAACCUCAGCCGCCGUUGAUGAUACUUUUUAAAAUUCCACUGUCCGCCGAAGCCGCGUUAAAGCAGGAAGCUAAAGAGAAGCAAUGGGAACUUCAUUUCGCAGAGUACGGGAGAGGUAUUACAAUGUACAGAACCACGGAAACGGCGAAGCUCGUUAUUCAGGGAAUUCCACAGACUCUCAGAGGAGAAGUCUGGCUCACCUUUUCUGGUGCUUUGAACGAAAAGGCAAUGAAUCCAGAUAUGUACAAAUCACUAGUCGAGCAAUCCCUCGGCAAAUCGUGUCAAGCUAACGAGGAGAUCGAAAGGGAUUUACAUAGAUCGUUACCAGAACAUCCGGCCUUUCAGUCCGAUACCGGAAUCAGCGCGCUGCGAAGAGUGCUUUCCGCUUACGCGUGCCGAAAUCCUCAGAUCGGUUAUUGCCAGGCGAUGAACAUAGUAGCCUCGGUGUUACUGAUCUACUGUUCCGAGGAGUCGGCGUUCUGGCAAUUGUGCAAUGUUUGCGAAUCGUUGUUGCCUGAUUAUUAUGAUCGGCGAGUGGUCGGUGCUCUCGUCGAUCAGGGUCUUCUAGAAGAAUUAGCCGCCGAACAUUUACCAAUUUUACACGCCAAGUUACAGGAGCUCGGUUUAAUUAAAGUUAUCUCGUUGUCUUGGUUUCUAACUAUAUUUCUGAGCGUUAUGCCAACUAGUAGCGCCGUGAAUAUUAUGGAUUGUUUCUUCUUUGAUGGAGCAAAAGUCAUCUUCCAGAUAGCAUUGACCGUGUUGGAAUGGAAUCAAGAUAAGUUGCUGAAUUGUCGUGAUGACGGUGAAGCCAUGCAACUGUUAACUGACUAUCUUGGUGGAGUUUAUAACGAUGAAGGUCCAAUAUUCCCUCGACCAGUUGAUAGCGCAUCACCCAACAGGAGUAUAUCGGUUCAAACACUAAUCUACGAAGCGUAUUCGAGAUAUGGAUCCUUGACAAUCGGCUGGAUAGAAAGAUUGCGCCUGAAGCAUAGACUUAGGGUGGUUCAAAGUCUCGAAGAUGGGAUAGAAAAGAACGUAAUUAGAAGCGUUAUUUCCGACAAAUACAUGAAGACGGAGGAAUUGCAGGAAUUGUUGAGUUUAGUGAGAGAGGAGUUAAUGAGUCAACGGAAAUCUGAACCCGAUCGUUACGAUCCGACUCAACCUCCUUACGAAGCGUAUAAGGUAGACUUCGAUUUGUUCAGGAUAUUGUUCGGCGGUCUGUCCCCAUGGGGAAAGUGCACUCAAGCUGAAUCUCUUUCCGCGCGAUUAUUUCGUUUGAUGGACCGUAAUCACGACGGCUUGCUGAACUUCCGAGAAUUGGUGCAAGCUAUAGGAAUGACCGCCACGGCCGACUUAACGCAGAGAUUAAAGCUGCUGUACACGUUACAUUUACCGCCGCUUCUUACGCCCGCUGAUUUUGAGUCACCAACACAUUCGGCAGAUGGAGCUGAGGUGGCGGCGGAAGCCACGGACUUCUUCGACAACAUGGAGCAGAGCGUAGCUUCCUUAGAAAUGCCUAUCAGUCUCGCGGAAGAACCGACAACAGGCACAUUAUCGCGAUCAACAAGCUUAAACAGUCAACAAGGGGAUCAAUCGUGGGAGAUUCAAAGCAUGGGCAGUUUACGAUCGAUGAUAGCCUCGAAAGACAGUCCGCUGGAUCUCAAAACCGUGCCAAAAAUGUCGCAGGGACACUUUAUAGCGCUUUGGAAAACUCUUUACGAUAUGUUUCCAGCGCAACCCGAGGAGCAAGAGACGUAUCACUGCAUCGCUUCCGUAGGUACACUUUUACUCCAGUUAGGUGAUGUUGGUAAGAAAUUCUAUGUGGAAAGAGAAGAAUCUGAAGACAGUUUACUCCUAGCUGCUUCCGCAGCUCAACAAGCUUCCUCAUCAGUUAUCGACAGGUCGCCUGAUCGUAACGGAAAUCCGUCGAGCAUAGCAUCGUCCGCUGAUCCCGAUUGGUCGAUAACGGUCGAGCAGUUUUUGGCGUCCGCUUUAACCGGUCAAGCGAUAGUGGACUUUUUUAGCAAACGGACCGAUCUUAUGGAAGCUAUGGCGUCAUUGAAGAACCGUAGGUUCAAUCGAGUACAUUCUCUGUCAGACACUCCGACUCUGAACGGAUGACAUCCGGUAAUCAACGUGUAAAGAAUACGUUGAUUUCUAAAAACUGCAUGCGCAUUCUGCUUAGAUACAUUGACGAAAGAAGAACAGAAAAUUUUUUGUUUUUGUUGAGAGAGUCAUGUGUCAUUAUCAGUGGGGAAUGAAUUUUAAUUUGGAAUUGAACGUUCAACACACAUUGGUAGCAUUAUACGUGCAAUAUGUAACGAUCGUAAACAGUAUAUAGCAAAUUUAUUUACUUCACGUUAGCAAAAAUUUAUGUUAAUAUGUUUUGAUAAACAUUUUUCCUCGAAACGAAAUUUACACAAACUUUUGUAGUAUCGUUUCUUUCUAGCGCUUUUUAACUUCUUUUACACGACAAAUGAAUUAUAAUUAUUCAUAUAUUCCAAUAUAUUAUCCAAUACAUAAGGAAGAAACGUAUAAUUACGCGUGAGAGAAACGUUAAUUAUAGUUGAUUUGUUACAAUAUUGAGUAUUAAUACACGCAAAGGUAUAUUUUUAAAACUUUUCUAAUAAGAUAUAUGUUAAGUAUGAAUUAUAUAUAUACAUAUACAUAUAUAUAUAUAUAUAUAUACACACACAAACACACACAUACGGCCUACAUUUUAUAUUAAAAAACCGCAUGUCUGGUAAAUAUACAAUAGUCAAAGAUAAACAAUCGAGAUGUAAAGAUUUGAACAACUGUCACGCUAUGAGAGAUAUAUUAGUAAUAAUAUUAUG